GCCUGAAAGACGCGACGCGCUAGUUUUGCAGCUUCUGUGGAUGGAAGCGUCAUCAUCGCACGCGCGCAGGUCAGGUUUCACUGGAUGAACUUCGGCUCCUCGCGCAGACAGGCCCACGGUAACGACAAUGGCGAAUGGAAAAAUCACUCACCUUUCCCGUUUCCUCUAAAUAUCACCGCUGAAAACACGCUGCUCUGGGCGUGACGCUGGAAACAUGCGUAUUUAUACCCUGUGAAUAAUAUUAGUUUGUUGGUGGUGAAGCGCGCGCGUCACGGCAGCUUUAAUAAUAAAGGAUUGAAGAUGGCGGAGUUUUCUCCGGUGCUGCCUCCGCUGCGGGACGAUGGAGGAGGCGGACGGUACGGACAGCCGCUGUUCCCGAGAUCCCGGUGCGGUUCGGAGUCGGACAGUGAAUUGUUUCAGAGUUUGGCCCGCACAAAGACGCGCUCGUACGGCAGCACCGCGAGCGUCACUGCGCCGUUAGGAGAGAGAUACAUAGAACACCGGGUAACGGACGGGGACACACUGCAGGGUAUAGCGCUCAAAUAUGGUGUUACGAUGGAGCAAAUUAAAAGAGUCAAUAAACUGUUCAGCAAUGACUGCAUAUUCCUGCGAAACACACUUAAUAUUCCUGUUAAGUCAGAAAAACGCUUUAACGGACUGUCUCUGGAGUCGCCUGACAGCGAGGGAAGCACGCCGCAGGAGUCACUGUGCGUGAGUCAGGACGUGGACGCUCCAUCACCCCCACCAGAACCGGCCGGCCCGGAGCCCAACACCCGACCUGUGCAGGCAGAAGAGCUGUCAGCUAAAGACUACCUACAUCGGCUGGACUUACAAAUCAAACAGUCCAAACAAGCCGCCCGCAAACUGAAAGAGGAUGGUGAGAGAGAGGAAGAUGACCCAGCAAACUCAACAUCAUCAUAUCAGGAGAUCUGAUGGACUCUUCAUCUGUUUACCAGCAGCGCUGACAAUGUUUGUUUGUUUGUUUUUUUACUCUACCGUUACCCAAACUGUAACACCGGACCAUAUGCCAUACUCUUUGUGCUGAAGGUCCAUCAUUGCCUUCUUCAGCAGUAUUAUAGUGAUUUUAUUUCUGAUUUUUAUCAUCAAUGCUCCAUUUCACAUAACCGUAAAGAAGCUACAGCUGAGUUUGUCUUCUUUAGGAAGAGCAAUAGCAGUCCACAAACUUAUGAUAACCACUGCUCAUAUGAAACACUGUAUCUGCAGUCUGUCCAGUAACGUAACUUAUCAGAUAAAACAUCACAGAUUCUGUGUGGCUGCCUGCUGAUUUUAAUUUAACAUUUUUGUUUGUUUUGUUUGCUUAUAAAAGCUUUAUGUGUGGGGUUGAAAGGGAUAAAUAAUGCUGUUUUGGUGUGAAUGUUGUGUUUUUGUGUGUUGGGGUUUAAUAAAAAUAUUUUACUGUGCAGUUUGAUUUGGAUUAUGCAGAAUAAAUGCUUCUGUGAACUGAGAGUUUCUUGUUUCCUGGAUUAUAGAUCUGCAACAAAGUUUUGGGUUAUUAUAAGAUGGAUCUCACCAUAGAAGCUUUAACUUACUCUUGAGGCAGUAGAGAUAAUAAACUCUUGGCAAAAAAAAGUUAGUUACAACUUUGCAUUUUAGCUGUAUUGCUAAAUAUUUAGUUCUGUGUAUAGACAUUACAUUACAUUUACAUUUAUGCAUUUAGCAGACACUUUUAUCCAAAAGCAGUGUAUUGAGUGCACAGUGCAUUCAGGCUAACAUUUUUUUUUUUUUUAACCUAACAAGACUGUUGACAGGAUAUACAGACAUCUGUUUACAUUCACCUGACAAUAAUUCUGUUUAAUGAGUGAUGCUAUACACUGACAAGACUUAACGUUUUCUAUACCUCAAGUGAUUUUCACAAAAUUUGCAUUAUUAUAUACACAUCAGAUUGCAGGGACAAGGCACAAUAUGUCAAACUGCAUGUUGAAUAUAAAAUAUAUAUAAAAUGGAGCAAACGCUCUUGUGAAUGAUUGUUAAUUGAUUAUCAGAGCCUGAUUGCUUUUAGCUUCUAAUGUAGUGGCCUGAGAGAUCAUAAAUGUGACGAUUGAUAUGCAAUCAUUAGCCAUAAAUGAAACUACUAACCUGAAAAGACCUGUAACAUAUUUGUGUAUUCACAUAAUGAAAUCAGUUUUGAGAGACAAAUUUAACCACAAAAUUUCUUUCUUUCUUUCUUUCUUUCUUUCUUUCUUUCUUUCUUUCUUUCUUUCUUUUUCUUUCUUUUAGCAUUAAAUUUGUAUAUAGGAUCAAAACCUUUAAAAAAAAUGACAACCACAGAAGUAAAGUAAUUAAAGAAAGGCAAUGUUUAAUAGAUUUUUGGAAAAUCACGAUAUUUACAUUUAAAAAUACUUGAUUUUUGAGAAUCUAUAGCAUGUGGAAUAUACAGAGUCAAAUAGUGGAGAAACAAAACCAAGAAACCCAAAAUUAAGAUAGAGAAGGGAGAUAUAAAGAUUAUAGACUGCCCCCUAUAGACUGGGAGACAAAACAACAACAGAGGAGGAAAGCAAUUCACUGACAGUUGAACUGAUUUUUUUUUUCUUUUCUUUUUUUUUUUUUUUUUUUUGGUUGG